CUGUCAUUUUUUGCAAAUAUGAUUUGGUUAAAGAAAUUCAAAAUGUAAAUACCAUCAGAUAAAACUAAUUACUUUAAACAUUGUGAAAUUCAAUUAAAGCAUGUAACCAUCACUGAACAGAUAAUGUUCUUUAAUCUUGCCUUGACCAUUGGUGCUUGAAACCGCAAUUCCAGGAAAUAAUUUUGUUGGAAUAGUGAAAAUGCAACAGUAUUGAACAAUUAAAAAUCUUAUAGAUACUUUGAAAGCUACUUUUUUUCACAAAACUAAAAUGGACACAGAAAAAUUAAUAUUGAAGUUACAACUUAUCACCCUCUUUGAUUCCAUUAGCUUUGGACUAAUUUAUGCAUUUCUUGCUCCAUAUUUGAUGGUCCUUGGUGGCGAUAAUGUUACCACUGGAAUGUUGGCAGUUUCUACUCUCAUAUGUGAACUUAUAUCAAUUAAUAUUGCGAAAGACCUUAUCAAAGCCCAAGGCAAAAGAGAUGCACUUUUCACUAUGUUCAGUAUUGGUGUUGUCUCACAUGUCCUGCUUGUUUUAACUAGAAGUUAUUGGUUUACGAUUUUUGCCAGAUGUCUAUUUUCUUUAACAAACCAAACCCAAAACAUUGUCAAAGAUCUGCUCGUGAAGAAAGUAUCUGAAGAUGAGGUUGAUUAUCAUUUGAUGGUAUGCAAUAUUUUGAGAUCAUCUGGAUUUCUCAUAGGACCAAUUGUCACUGGAUGUUUAUUUAAUAUUGGCUUUUCUUUGAGUUGCAUUUUGGCAGCCUUUUUGACACUUUUAAGUGCUUGCCUCGUAUUAGCCAUUCCAAAAGAAAAAGACGACAUUCCAACUGAAGGGGCUGAUAAAAGUUUAAUUGAGCAAACGGUUGAACAAGUUUCAAAAACCAUGGUUUUAUUCAGAAAAUCUAAUUACAAGAAGAACUGGGACUUGUUGGCUUUGAAAUAUCUCUACAUUUCCAGUGUAACGAUCUUUUUUGCUAAAUUUCCCCAAAUUUUAAUAUACAAUUUUAAUGCUGAUGCUUCAGUUGUGGGAUACACUACUUCCUAUAUGAACGCAGUAACAUAUAUAGCAACAUAUUUGGCUGUUACAUUAAAAAACAAAUACGAACAUGUUCCGAUGUCGAUACUAAUUUAUCAGGGUUUGUUGAUAACAUUUUGUUCAUUGUUAGCAGCCUGCUAUGCUCCUGUUUAUACUGUUUUUGCCCUAGCUUGUAUCCCCAUUAUAUUUGCAAGAAAUUACAUAAACACUGUUUGGGAAAAACUAUAUUCAAACAGAAAAAACAAUAGUUUAUAUGCUUUGAAUGAUUGUGUAGGUUUAGCAGCAGGCUUAUCAAUGCCUCUUUUAUUUGGGGUUGUUUGCAAUAUAAUCAGGCAUAAUGCUGUCAUAAUAUUCUCAGUAAUACCUAUUAUGAUUUCAUUGUAUAUUUUUAAUACAUAUACAUGUAAAAUCAAAUCUUUAGAGGAAGAUGCAGAUAAAACUAAAAAUGAAUAGUUUAUUUUAAAUAUUUUACUAGUACAGUUAUUUGUAAAUUCAAAUAGCUUAUGAUUGUUACAUAAAUAUGCUGUGAUAUAACUUGAAUUCAUGAAAUAAUCUAUCAACUUUAUUAGUGAGGUAGAGGAAUCUAGCCAAUGUGUUUCAUAAUUUGAAAUAAAUUCCAAGAUACUUUCAAAAGAAGCUUCCAUUAGAACUUAUUUUAAAUAUUACACUGGAUUAGGUAAUUGAAAGUUCAGAUAGCUUGAGAUUGUUGCAUAAAUAUGCUGCUGUGAUAUAACUUAAUCUAGCCAAGAUUUUUCUUGAUCUGCCACAAAUAACAGUAUAUUUUCUAAUUAGGCUUCCAUUAGAAAUUGUUGAACAUUUUGUAAUAAUUUUACAUUUUGUACAUUCCAGAUUAUUAUUUUUGAUCAAAUAUAGUUUUACUUCGCCA